AUGAUGAGGAAGCAGCAGGAGAAGCAGAAGCAGGAGAGAGGGGAAGCGAAAAGGGAGGAAGGAAGAAGAGAGGGACGGUGCGAGGCAGGGAUGCUCAGGGGCCACAGAUGGGGGCCCAGGAAACCUCGGAGGACCAGCCGAGGGGGCUUCAGGAGAGACCUGCAGGCCAGCCAGUCUGCGGGCCGUGGCCCAGUUUGUGGGCCCUGGCCAGCACACAGCGGCGGCCGCGGAGAAGUCGUUAACAAUCCUCGCCAGGGUUCGGAAGCCAGGCCUGGCCGGUCCCACCAGCGCGGCUUCUCCCGGCGUCACCACCGCAGGCGGCCAACAGGUGGCAGGAGAGCUUCGGGGAGCGCUCACCUGACGCAGCGGCUCUUCCGCCACCGCAACUGGCAAGGGCCGAGGUCUCCCUCAAAGCUCCGGGAAGGAAGGGACCCCCGGGAAGGAAGGGCCAGGGAGGAGAGAGCGGAAUGGGCGCGGGGGAGCCGGCCAGCCAGCGGGGGCUGUCCUUCCGCCCGGCCGUGGAGAAGGCGCUCCAGGCUCCAGCCUAGCUUCUCCCCGCUCCGCGAGCUUCACCUCCACGGGCCAGGGGAUGGAGAACUUCGCUGGGUGCGGACCCUUGCGGGGGAGACUGGGGCCCGAGAGUCCCGGCCCCAGGGUGCAGGUUCCCCCAGCCUGGCACCCUGCCGGGUGAACCACUGGCCAGCGGGGCCGGUCUGA